AUCUGUCCAAACCACAAAGUCCUGCCCAGAGGAAACCUGGGAGUGAUCACAGGCACUGAAGGCUGUCCCUCAAAUCCAGUUGCCAAGAAAGACUUCUAGUGACAGCCACCAAGUCUCUGCUGUAGGAGUCUGUCUCCAGCCUGAGCUUUCCUGCUUCGUCCAGCAGGUGUCCACAGCACAGCCAAGUCAGCAGCUGAGUGAGCUUCUCUGAUCAGCUCCUGGCAGGAAAGAACUUCAGCACUGGAACAGAAUGGCUGCUGGGGAAAUGAGCAUCAUAAUUGAAAGCAAGACUCCUGAGCUGGUUCUAAAUGUAGGAAAAAUCACACUUCCUAUGAAAAAUAGGAAGAGAAAGAAGGAUGAUGACAGGACACAGCAGAAUACAAAGAUUUUAAGAGCUCUGUGUGCUCUGCAAAAUUCUGGAGGGGGAGAGAUCAAGGCUCAAAUUGAAAAUCAAGACUGUAGCCUCACCACACCUAAAAUAAGAGAAAAUUUGGAGACCUUUCUUAAUGCUGUUACACCCUCUACUUGGAAACUACACUAUAAACUAGAAGGAUGCUACUUGUCCAUAUCUGUGAAACCAGAGAAUCUGGAGACCUCUGGUGAGAAGCCUGCCACCAUUGCAACCAAUUUGUACACAAGAAAUGGGACAUCUUCUCAUCCAAUGGACUUAGAUACUGCUCUGACGUACUUUGAAGGCAUGGGCGACACUAGCAGAAGAGUGCCUUUAGAAAACAGGGUGAAAGUCAAAAGCUCCAGAGAGGGUGUGCAAGAAGAGGGCAAUGUGCAAGAGUUGGCUGCUGCUUUUUUUGACCAGACAAGACUCACAAAAAUGGAAGAAUUCUCCUUUAGUGAAUCCAAAAAUGUUGAAUAUAAAUCAUUUGCAACAAAAAAGUGGUUUCAACGAGUUAAAGAGAUUCUCCCUCAAACUGUUUCUGCAUUUGCCAACACUGAUGGGGGAUAUUUGUUUAUUGGUUUGGAUGAAAACAUGGGGCAAAUAAUUGGUUGUGAAGCAAAGAAGGGAGAUCUUACGUUUUUAGAGAGUGAAAUAGAAAAGUGCAUCCAAGAGCUGCCUGUCAUGCACAUAUGUGAGGAGAAGGAGAACAUAAAAUACACAUGCAAAUUCAUCGAAGUCCAUGAUUCAAGCGAUGUGUGUUCAUAUGUCUGUGCGCUCAGAGUAGAGAGAUUCUGCUGCGCAGUGUUCACUGCAGAGCCUGAUUCCUGGCACGUGGAAGAUGGCUGUGUGAAGAAGUUUACCAUGGAGGAAUGGGUCAAGAGACUGAUGAUGUGGGGAGCCAGGCUCAGGAGUGGGAAUUAGCAAUCUGAAUACAUUUAGCUAGGAAAGUUGGAAAGGUUUCUCUUUGGGCCUUGGGACAAUACCAUUAGUCCUGACUUGAUUCAAUGAGUGAUCACCAGUGGGACCUUCAAGCCUCAGCUGCUUCUGCCAUCCACGUGGGAGCACAGAUCCCUCUCUCCCUGGGUGUUACCCCAACUGCCUCUACUCAUGUGUAAAGGAAGCCCUCCAACAUCUCCCCACCUGAGCUCCAUUUCACUUGCUGUUCCUUUCAGAAAUUCUUGCCUCAGCUGUUUGCUGUUUAACUCCCCACCCCUUUCCCAUUCACCUUUCUCCCUAAACUGUCUUUCCUUUCAGUCACAUUAGCAGAUAAUACACAGCCCUAUGGCCUAUGAUGUGGAAGUGCUGCCCUAAUGUUUCAGGUCUUGUGAGAGGAGAGGCUCAGCUGAGGCCAGACCAGCACCAGCAACAUCUGCAAAGUUCCAGCAGCUGCUUCCAUGCCUGCAAGCUCACUGCUGCCUCACCAGCCCUGAAUCUGUUUUUCAAUAAACAGAUUGAUAAACAAACAAGAACCUUAGCGAUGGUGCUCCCAGUGAAGUCUUCUUUGUGAGAAUCAAUCGAUAGACUUUGGUCCAUUAGCUCUGACUUAGAAUUGGGAAUACUCUGAUUUCAAAUGACAAGCAUCAUAUGGAAAGUCAUGGAAUUAAUAAGUUCCAACUCCAGCGUCCAAAGCCAAGGCUGACAGACUCCAAAGUCCAUGUCAACUACUGCACCUCUCUGCCUCCCUGACCAUCAGAAUGAAUGACAGGCACCUCAAGUUGACUGGAACUGUUUGACCUAUGUGGAGAAGAAGAAAUGCACUUACAUAUUUGACAUCAACCAAAUUGUUUACUCUUAGGUACUAACAUGUUUUCUCUAAAACCUAACAUUUACUCCAGUGAUUUCCAUAGCAGGAAAUGUUCAGAGAAAUGCAUUCUCUACAGUAGGAAAAUUAAAAACAUAGUUGGCACAAAGUAUUCUGUAGUAUGGCAACUAUAGAAUGAUUUAUAAAAAAAAUUUGAGAAGCACAAGAGGAAAAGCAUUCUUGCUCUAUCCUGCCCCAAAAAGGCAACCUCUACUUGGUUUUUACUUUGUUUGUUUUCCUAUGCAGAUGGAGUUUGGCUGAGUUUCAAUUUUUGGCACAUUCAACCUACUGUGCUUUUGGGCUGGUGGCUCCACAGCCCCUUCCUACUUCACAGAACUGGGAGAGGUUAUUUUAAAACAUUUUAGACAGUGACUCUUUAAGGUUAUGUCAGAGUAACCUUAAACUUAAUAUGUAGCCUAGCAGGACCUCCAACAUGCAGCGAUCACCUGACCUCGUCCUCCCAGGCUGAGACGGAAGGAGAACUACCACACGGGGGGGGGGGGGGUAAGUUUCAUAUACAAACAUUCUGAGGUGCUCAAGAAGUGUUUUUCAGGGCUAGAGAGAUGGCUCAGAGGCUAAGAACACUGACUAUACUUCCAAAGGACCUAAGUUUAAAUCCCAGCAAUGACGUUGUGGGUUUAUACCCAUCUAUAAUGAUCUUCUGGCCCACAGGCACAUAGGCAGGCAAUGUGCUGAAUAAAUAAUACAUAAAUCAAUCUAAUUUUAAAUGAAGUGCCUUUCAGUAAGGAAAUAGGAAAGGCAAACAAAGCAGAACUAACAAGAGAGGAUGAAAACUGCUAGAGCGACACAGAGACUCAAUCAGUUGAUCUUGACUGCCUUUCUCAGCUCUGCAGUAGCCUCCAGGACCCUGAGAGCUGUGGUAGUCCAGCUGAUGUUCCCUCUGAGCCUCCAGUUAAUGUUAUGGCUCUUAGUACUGUUGGUACCACUGUGAGUUUCUGCCACUGGCCACUGUGACUUGCUGCUCCGUCCACAGCCAUCUGGUCUCCCUUUCCUUGCUGUCUUUUGGUUGCAGCCUUUAGAGAUGGAGAGAAUCACUGUGGAACAGUCUUAGGAAUCAGUUUGUAAGUCACGAGGAAGACAAAGGUGGAGCAUCUCACGGGAGCUGGCUCAGAGCUACCAGGAAGCUGAUUACUUCCCAGCCUCAGCUACUUGUCAGAACCUUUUGGCUCCUUUCCAGAAGAGCAGUUGCCCAGCUGCAAGCCAGACAUGCAUUUCUCCUUCUGUCAGGGGCGGGUACAAGACCCUUCAAAUGUCCCCUAGACAUCACACACGUGCAGACCACACAGAGAGCAUUUGCUCCUCACUCACCAUUGGAAUUAUAAGGUUGGUUAUGAUUUGGACACAUGGAACCUACUGGUGGAAGAACUGGCAUUCAUUUCCUUUAAUAUUUUUUCUUUCAAUUUCCCUUUCCAUUGGCAACAUCAAGACAUUUCUUUAGAGUUUCCACAGUCCCUCUAGAAGCUGAGGAUGUGGCUCA